AUGGAGUUCAUCGACGACGACUGGGACUCCCAGCCGCGCGCGCGCGUUGUCCACUCCCGCGCCGAUGCCGCCGCCAAUUUCUCAUCCCCCACUGCGAAUCCCGCGUCCCGCUCUCUCCCCCACGUCGCCGCCUGCGCCGCUGCAGCCGUGCUCCUCCUCGCCGCAGCCUACUCCCUCGACUCGGCGUACCAGGUCUUCGCCUCCAUUCUCGUUUGGAUCGCAUCCUCGCUGCUCCUCGCCCCCUUCGCGCCAUCCUCCGCCACUGGUGGCGACAUCUCCGUCGGCCGCGGCAGCCUCCUCCCCGACCAGGAACCGUCCCAGGAGCCCACCCCGGAUCCCAUCGCCCCCUCCCGCCGGGGUCGCCGCCAGAACGCCGCCCCGCCGCCCCCAAAGUCGUCAGAUCCGGUCGCUCCUCCCGUCCAGCCGCCUCCACUGCGGCAGGAGGCGAUGGGUGCGGGGACCGCUGUUCUGGACGGCGGGGAGAGGGAGGAGGAGGUUGGCGAGUGGACCGACCAAGAAAUGGAGCUUCUCCGGCGGCAGAUGCUGAAGCACCCGGCAGGAGAGCCCCAGCGCUGGGAGAAGAUCGCUGCAGUGUUCGGCGGCCGCCGCACGCCGGAGAGCGUCAUCCGCGCAGCAAAGUCGGGCGGCGCCACGGCGGCUGGUGGCUCGUUCGAGCAGUUCCUGCGCAAGCGAAAGCCGCUGGACCCAAGGGCCGGGGCCGCUGACGCAGACACAGGUGGCAAUGCUGGAGGAGGGGACGGUGGUUGGAGUGCUGGCGAGGACCGUUCUCUGCUGAACGCGCUCAAGGAGUUCCCUAAGGACACGGCAAUGAGGUGGGAGAAGGUGGCCGCAGCAGUGCCUGGGAAGACAAAGGCUGGGUGCAUGAAGAGGGUCACUGAGCUCAAGCGUGACUUUCGGAGCAGCAAGGAGCCAUAG